GAUCCAAAACUUCUGACAGAUUCUCUAAAGCCUGUGGAUUCAUUGUUCCAAGGUCAUAGAAACCACUAGCCUCAACUGAUGUGCUUGCUUCCACAACUUUUGGCAGAACUGAGGACCAAGGGGAGGAGGUUUCUUCGAUUGUAAAUGCGUAGGUUUAUUAUCUAUAGGACAGAGCCCCUGGUGGCGCUGCGGAUUAAACUGCUGAGCUGCUGAACUUGCUGACCAAAAAGUCGGCGGUUCGAAUCCAAGGAGUGGGGUGAGCUCCCAUCUUGCUUUUGUUUUUCUGCUCCCCUGGAAUACUGUGAAGUUGAAACAAUCAAGUAACUACUAUUAUCAAUCUAUGACGUGCCUUCAAGAAUAUUUCUUAGAUAUGACAUGAGCCCAUUCCAUGGAGAGCUUUUUUUUUUUAAGAGAAAAGCUUUAGAGGUGAAAGAGAAAUAAAUUAGCACUGAUAUCAAUUGUUUACUUUCUUGAAAGGAAGGAAGAGGAGCAGAAUUAGUUGUAGCUAACGUUCCUUUCGUUGUUAAUGAUUCCCCAAUAUCUCAUCUCAUUGUGGUCUCAUCUCCUUGUGAUCUGAGUGGAUUCAUGGAGAAAAGACAGCAUGAGGAACUAGGAAGAAGAUAGCAUGAGAAACAAUUUGACAAAAGAUUUGCUCUUGUUUAUAAGGGUGAGGGCCUGAAGGGGAGGGAGAAAACAUGUGAAGGCUCAUGUGAAAGGGGAACUCGCUCUGGCCAGCGUAAUAUAAAAGUUUCCUUUCAGGGAAACGCACAGUCAUAUGAUCUCUGUAUUUGAUCAGAGAAUGAGGAAGUGCAAGUGGUGUUGAAAGGCUUUGGAGGACAGCAAACAUUUUGAAGAAUAUUGGAGAGCCAGAUGUAGAAGGCAGUGAAGAAAGAUCCAGCGAAAAACAGAAAGGCACUGAGUGACCAACAAGGAAGCAGCUGAGAAGGCAAGAAACCAGGAUCGACUUUGAGUGGAAAAAGCAAGGACCCAGGCACAGGGCCUGCAUGGCCUCUCCAGGUGCCCAAGGGGAACGCAAGCCCCUCUUAGCACCGGAGGAGGCCCUGGACAGGCCUGCCACAUCCCCUUUUGAGGGCAGAAGGGCUGCCUGUGCAGCGGUGCUGCUGGUGGAGAUUCUGGAGCGUGCAGCUUUCUUUGGCAUUGUCUCCAACCUUGUCCUCUACCUCAACAGCAGCACCUUCAACUGGGGUGGCUCUCAAGCAUCGCGAGCAUCUCUCCUCUUCCUGGGUGCCUCUUACCUGCUUUCACCCAUCGGAGGGUGGCUUGCUGAUGCUUACCUUGGCCGCUACUGGACCAUCGCCUUGAGCUUCCUGCUUUACCUGCUGACCGCCUGCCUCCUGCCUGCUGUGGCCUCACAGAAUGGACGGCUUUGGCUGUGUGGAGAGAUGCCAGCCUACCCAGUGCAGCCCUCAUGUCCAAAGGGGAGUCAAGAUUGCAUGGAGCACCUGCCAAGCCAGUACUGUGCCCCUGUCAUGUACACGGGUCUCCUGCUCCUUGCCCUGGGCAUCAGUUCAGUCAAAGCUAACCUCACACCAUUUGGUGCAGAUCAGGUGACAGAUCGUGGCCGGGAUGCUACACGACGAUUCUUCAACUGGUUCUAUUGGAGCAUUAACAUUGGGGCUGUGAUCUCAUUGCUUGUAGUUGCUUUUAUCCAGCAGAAUGUGGAUUUCCUUACUGGCUAUGCCAUCCCUGCUGUCUGUCUGGCCCUGGCCCUCUUGGUUUUCCUCCUGGCUGCUCCUAUCUUUGUCACCAAGCCUGCUGCUGGUAGCCAAUUCUCCACCAUGUUCCAGUUGGCCUUCCAGAACAGCAGCUGUGGAAAAGCACUUCAGAAGAUGGCUGCGAAAAACAGAACAAGCAGUUCCCAGCCCGAAGCUGAUGACACUGCCCCACUUUCAAGUAUAACUGUUGGAUCUUCACAAGAGGUUGAAUCCAACUUCCAAGUUAUGGGAAAAAUAAUUCCUGUGCUGCUUACCCUUAUUCCAUAUUGGAUGGUCUACUUCCAGAUGCAGUCAACAUAUUACCUGCAGGGUCUGCACCUCUUGAUCCCUAACAUCUUUCAAAACGGUUUUAUGAACAAUAGUGCACUUUCAGCAUCUGUAGAUGGCCGUUACACGCUCCCAGAUGCCUGGCUCCUUUUAGCUAAUGUGGUGGUUCUGUUGAUUCUGGUUCCUCUGAAAGACCGGGUCAUAGAUCCAUUUCUAGCAAAGAGGAAAUUGUUGCCUUCAGCAUUAAAGAGGAUGGCUCUUGGCAUGUUCUUUGGACUUGGAUCAGUCAUUUUUGCAGGUUUGCUGGAGACAAAACGGCUGCAGUAUGUGAACAGCAAUCAAACAAUCACACAGAGGAUAGGGAAGGAUGACUACAUUGCAGCCCCACUCUCCAUUUGGUGGCAAGUGCCUCAGUACCUGCUAAUAGGAAUCAGUGAAAUAUUUGCCAGCAUCCCAGGGUUGGAGUUUGCCUACUCUGAAUCUCCAAAAGCCAUGCAAGGAGCCAUCAUGGGCUUCUUUUUCUUUAUUUCUGGAGUGGGGUCACUUUUAGGAUCUGGACUCUUGACUUUGCUCUCACUGUCAGCCAUUGGUUGGAUGCACUGCCCAGAGGAUUAUGGGGACAUUAACAAAUGUCGGAUGGAUUAUUACUUCUUCCUCCUGGCUGGGAUUCAGAUGGCAACCUGUAUUCUCUUUCUCUGGAUCUCCUUUCGCUAUGAACGUCAGCAGCGGCCCUCCUGUCUCCACUGCACAGACCAGGAGGGCCACUGAGAUACACUGCCAUGUGUCUUUUGGGGGACUGUGGGGAGUUUACCAGCCCGAUCCCAAACACUGCUGUAUCAUUAUUGGAUGGGAUCUUCUGAAGGCCAAUGGAAUAUAAAAGGAUUUGGGAAAUUAAGAGGGGAUGAAACCAUCAGUGGCAGCCAGCCAAAGGACUAAAAUAUAUGGCCCCAUACUUAAGUGUCAUUAACAUAUUACUUCCAGAAUUGGGAGUGUGAAUAUUGCAGACUAUGGAGGCUGCAAACAAAAAUUACCAUGAAUUGCAAAGCCAUUGUGCUCAAAUUAGGUGGAUCAUUCUCUAAGACAGCAAAUGUGUUCUUGCUUCUGUUAGGACUUACAAUUCUCUUUGCUCUCUAAUAUGUUUAUUUGCAGGGUUGAGAGGGGCAUGCUGAAAUGAAAAAGGGUUUUCCUUGUGGCUAUUUCAGAACCAACUCCCAGUGUAUGUUGUAGAAAUCCUAUCCGUAUGUCAUAGCAAUUUUAUUAAAGAUUGCUUCAGAAUUCA